UCAGAUGUCAGACUAUAUACCCAGCGUUCACAUCGAAUAUCUCAUUCAGUUUUUGAGUCUUGCUAAAUUCAUACGUUUUCAUUCGUUUCGUUUUCUAUAUUUACUAAAAAAUCAUCAAAAUUCUCAAAAAAAAAAUUGUAGUAAAUUUUGUCCGAAUCCGUAUUGCUUCUUUUUUGUUGUUCUAUCAUUUUGUGUGAACCUUCUCAAAGAAAAGAAAGUAUCAUAAUACCGCAAUCUCGGAGAGAAGGUAGAGAACGAUAACUAAGAGGCGACCAUCGCGAUAAGGAAGGGAGAGGAGAGGUAAGCAGACGGAAAACUGAGAUAACUACCUCAUAACCCAAGAUGUCUGACAACAUUGUGUGCCACAAGUGCAAGGAGGCCAUCACCAAGCGAAUGAUCACCGCCCUCGGCAAGACUUGGCAUCCGGAGCACUUCCUGUGCCGCCACUGCGAGGAGCAGAUCCAGGACGCCACCUUCAACAUCCAGAGCGGCGAGCCGGUGUGCAACAAGUGCUUCGUGGAGCGGUACACGUACACCUGUGCCGGCUGCAAGAAGCCGAUCCUCGAGCGAACCAUCUGCGCCAUGGGCGAAAGUUGGCACGAGGAUUGCUUCUGCUGCGGCGGAGCCUGCAAGAAACCGCUGGCCAAUCAGUCGUUCUACGAGCGGGACGGCAAGGCCUACUGCAAGCAGGACUACGAGGACCUCUUCGCCGCCAGGUGCGCCAAGUGCGAGAAGCCCAUCACGGACUCGGCGGUGGUUGCCAUGAAUGUCAAGUGGCAUCGCGAUUGCUUCCGGUGCAACAAGUGCGAGAAUCCCAUCACCACGCAGACCUUCACCAUCGACGGGGAUAAGCCGGUGUGCCCCGCCUGUCACUGCUGAUCUCCUCCAGGAUAUAAUCCACGUAUCCCCCACUUCGGCACCAGAUUGUUAAGAGUUAGCCGUUCUUUUCCUCACACAAUAGUUAGGAUUGUAACCGAAUGUUAUAAACUCAAAAGGCAUCCUCCAAGUAAUCAAACGAAUAAUUGACAUCGGCGUUUAUGGCACAUACUACAAAGACAAACCAUAAGAACAUUAAGCCGCUAAAUAAUAUAAAAUAAAUUUAAAGAUAAAUUAGACAUGUAAA